CGGUUCCUCCCCUGAGUCGUCUCCAGUCACUCCGCUCGCCAAAACCUCCGUCCGACGCCAUCCCUAGCCGUCGCGCUACCAUGUCCGCCGCCACCGCCGCCGCGGCGCUUCGGCCAACCGAGCCGUUCCCCAUCCCGAGCGGCCUAUCACUCGCGCCGCGCCUCAAGCUGCUCCUCUCCUUCUUCCGGGCCGACCUCUCCGUCAGCCCCGUCGACGAGUGGCAGCUCAAGUCGGCGCUCCUCGCCUUCCUCCGCAACCCGCCGCUCUCCCUCUCCCUCCUCCAAGACUCCGACCUAUCCGUCAGCCGCCUUCCGGACCUCCAGAAGCGCCGUCGAGAGGACCCUGUUGCCUCUGGCGUCCUCCACGUCCGCGAUCUCUCCUCCCUCCGCCCCAGCAACCGCAAGGGAGGCGACCAUGCCGAGGAGAUGACCCGAGAGCAGGAGGAAGAGAAGUAUUCGCAGUGGCGUAGCUCCCUGGCCGAGCAGCUCUCUGACAUCGAGCUCAACCUCAAGGGGGUUAUGUACCGGAUGACCGUCGAGACCCCCCUCUCCGAUGACUUCAGGGCGGUGAAGAAAUCAUGGGAGGAUUUCUACGCCUCCGAGCUGUUUAGCAGCAGGAAUCCGGUGAGGAAGAUAGCAAAAAGACCAGACACGAUUAUUGUCCGAGGUGUGCCAUCCAGGUGGUUUGCUGAGACGAGGAUAUCAUCGAAGGCAUCCAUGUUGGUCACCCACACCAUCUUCUCGGCGCUUGGCAAAAUAAGGACUCUAAAUAUUUCUGAUGAUGAUGAAUUAGGAGCAAGAAAAGAUGAUGCUAGUAAGGGUCUUAUAUCUGGACUCAAUUGCAAGGUGUGGGUGCAAUUUGAGAGUUAUGAUGACUUCCACAAUGCAAUGAAGGCAUUAUGUGGACGUUCAUUAGAGAAGGAAGGAUCACGGUUGAAAGUAGACUACGAAGUGACAUGGGACAGCAAAGGUUUUUUUCGUAAUGCACAAUAUGAGCCUGCUCAGAGCAAACUAGAAGAAAGAGAUGCAUCCGUACAUGGAAGGAAGAAACACCAUGCCUCACGAAUUGAAUCGGAUCAUAGGAAGAGAUUCAGGGAUUGAUGGCACAAGGACUUCAUAGAUGGUGAAAUGUUACAAGGAGGAAGUUGGUUGUAUUGUACGGUUGUACCAUCGUAAUCUUUCGUGUUCCUUAUUUAUUUAUUUAUUUUUUAUAUCUCCUUUUUCAUCUCAUUAAUCUAACUGCCAAAUCAUUCUGUUUUAGUGCUGAUUGCCAAUUUGUAGUUAUUACUGCAAGUGUGGUUCUAUCUGGUUGAUACCCAUGUUGACAAUUGAAUGAGAAUGGGAUGGAUACCCCCUGCACAUUCCAAACAUUACCGUUGUUGUGAAA